CCGCAGCUAUAGACAUCAACAAGCGCACCUCUCUAACAAAGUAACAAAGAGUCAAAGAUGGGCAGUGAAAAUGAUAAAGUUAGAGAAGCAAAUGAAGAAGAGGAAGAAAUAGUCUGCUUGGAGUCUUUCUUCAUCAACGAUGAUUAUCAGUUGACGAAGUUUACGUUUGGGUCUCAUGUUCUUGAGCUCUACUGUCUCCAAUCAGCUUCAACUGAUUUUGAUUUAACAGGGCAGCUGGUUUGGCCUGGUGCGAUGCUUAUGAACGGUUAUCUCUCAGAAAAUGCUGACAUUCUCCAGGGAUGUUCAGUUUUGGAGUUGGGAUCUGGCGUUGGUAUAACCGGAGUCCUCUGUAGCAAAUUUUGCCGUAAAGUUAUUUUUACUGACCAUAACGAUGAAGUGCUAAAGAUACUGAAGAAAAACAUUGAGCUUCAUGGACAUUCAAGCGGUCCCAACCCCUCAGCUGAAUUAGAGGCUGCAAAGCUAGAAUGGGGAAAUAGUGAUCAUCUAGGUGAAAUUUUACAGAAACACAAUGAUGGCUUUGAUCUUAUUCUUGGAGCUGAUAUCUAUAUCCUUAUUGUUGAGCAGCUUCUGCGAAUCAGGGGACACGGAAACUGCAAGUUCAUACUAGCAUACGUAUCACGGGCUAGACAGAUGGAUUCUGCAAUCUUGAGGGAAGGCGCUCAGCACGGGAUGCUGAUGAAUGAAGUUUCUGGGACUCGGUGUACCGUGGGAAACUUGGAAGGGGUCAUAUAUGAAAUCACUCUUCAAUAGAAGAAGACAGGAAUUGUGUUCGAGUAAUUUAUUUCCCUUGAGACCUGAGAAUUUUGUACCAUUAUUAUGAUUUAGAUGCAUACAUUUUUGGUGAAUCGUUUACUAAAGUUAUUGUUUAAGAAGUAUGCAAUGUCAAUAUGUGAUGGUGGAUGCUUUGAAGUGAAACUACAUUGUUAGCUGGAAAACUGUUGCAACUAACAUAUUUCCUUAAUAAUAGUUGUCAUGUCCA